GAAACGAACAAGGAAGGCGGGGGAAGAAAGCGGAAGCCGCGGGGUCUUCUAAACCAGAAAGUCUCCGGAGCCUGCGCUAAGCUAUUUGCGGCGGCCCCCACUUACACGCACAUCUCAGAAAGCAGGCGGUGGGGGGAAAAGGCGUCGUUCCUGGAGCUGAGACCAGGCGGCCAGAGUCCUCAGGGAUGAACCUCGAGUUGCUGGAGUCCUUUGGGCAGAAUUAUCCAGAGGAAGCCGAUGGAACUUUGGAUUGUAUCAGCAUGGCCCUGACUUGCACCUUUAACAGGUGGGGCACACUGCUUGCAGUUGGCUGUAACGAUGGCCGAAUUGUCAUCUGGGAUUUCUUGACGAGAGGCAUCGCUAAAAUAAUUAGUGCACACAUCCAUCCUGUCUGUUCUUUAUGCUGGAGUCGAGAUGGUCAUAAGCUCGUGAGUGCUUCUACUGAUAACAUAGUGUCACAGUGGGAUGUCCUUUCAGGCGACUGUGACCAGAGGUUUCGGUUCCCUUCACCCAUCUUAAAAGUCCAGUACCAUCCACGAGAUCAGAACAAGGUUCUCGUGUGUCCCAUGAAAUCUGCUCCUGUCAUGUUGACCCUUUCAGAUUCCAAGCAUGUUGUUCUGCCGGUAGACGACGACUCCGAUUUGAACGUGGUUGCAUCUUUUGAUAGGCGAGGGGAGUAUAUCUAUACAGGAAAUGCAAAAGGAAAGAUUUUGGUCCUAAAAACAGAUUCUCAGGAUCUUGUUGCUUCCUUCAGAGUAACAACUGGAACAAGCAAUACCACAGCUAUUAAGUCAAUAGAGUUUGCCCGGAAGGGGAGUUGCUUUUUAAUUAACACAGCAGAUCGGAUAAUCCGGGUUUACGAUGGCAGAGAAAUCUUAACUUGCGGAAGAGAUGGAGAGCCCGAACCUAUGCAGAAAUUACAGGACUUGGUAAAUAGAACCCCGUGGAAGAAAUGUUGUUUCUCUGGGGAUGGAGAAUACAUAGUGGCCGGUUCAGCCCGGCAGCACGCCUUGUACAUCUGGGAGAAGAGCAUUGGCAACCUGGUGAAGAUUCUCCAUGGCACGAGAGGAGAGCUCCUCUUGGACGUAGCUUGGCAUCCUGUUCGACCCAUCAUAGCAUCCAUUUCAAGUGGAGUGGUAUCUAUCUGGGCACAAAAUCAAGUAGAAAAUUGGAGUGCGUUUGCCCCAGACUUCAAGGAGUUGGAUGAAAAUGUAGAAUAUGAGGAAAGGGAAUCAGAGUUUGAUAUUGAAGAUGAAGAUAAGAGUGAGCCUGAGCAGACGGGGGCUGAUGCUGCAGAGGAUGAGGAAGUGGAUGUCACCAGUGUGGACCCUAUUGCCGCCUUCUGUAGCAGUGAUGAAGAGCUGGAAGAUUCAAAGGCUCUAUUAUAUUUACCCAUUGCCCCUGAGGUAGAAGAUCCGGAAGAAAAUCCUUAUGGCCCCCCACCGGAUGCGGUCCAAACCUCCCUGAUGGAUGAAGGGGCUAGUUCAGAGAAGAAGAGGCAGUCUUCAGCAGAUGGGUCCCAGCCACCUAAGAAGAAACCCAAAACAACCAAUAUAGAACUUCAAGGAGUACCCAAUGAUGAAGUCCAUCCACUACUGGGUGUGAAGGGGGAUGGCAAAUCCAAGAAGAAGCAAGCAGGCCGGCCUAAAGGAUCAAAAGGUAAAGAGAAAGAUUCUCCAUUUAAACCGAAACUCUACAAAGGGGACAGAGGUUUACCUCUGGAAGGAUCAGCGAAGGGUAAAGUGCAGGCGGAGCUCAGCCAGCCGUUGACAGCAGGGGGAGCAAUCUCAGAACUGUUAUGAAGACCCUUGAAGUUCUUCGUUCUUCCCCCACUUUGCCAUCAUGUGGCGUCUGGACACUGUGGUCAGUCAUUUGAGAUUGACUUUAAUUUAACACAAAGGCCUCUACCUCCGACCCAGGAGGUGGAAGGAGCGAAUCGUAUGUUUGAAUGAAGAAGUGAAUUAUGGAAGAAGAGUAUACGGCCCUUCCCUUCCAAGCAGAAGUCCAAAUAGGCUCUCAGGAAUGAGGAUUCGUGAAGAUAUCAAGCAGGAGUUUUGACUCAUUCAAGCUUCAAUGCUUAGUUCUGUUGCUGGACAAAAGAGACCAGUGUUGCUCCUCUAACUGUUGUACCCAGGAUCAUUUUGACCUGACAUUUCCUGUCUCCUGUUAGCCUUUCAUCCUCCAUGCAUGUCCUCGAGUGACUUUUUCUUAUCUGAAGUUUUGCAGCCGGUGUCCUAGAAAAACUUCUGUUGCAUAUUCUGUCUUCCAUUUUUAAACUCCCUCUCUCGCCAGAUACCUCCUCUAUUUCCAUUUUGCGUACAGAGGAGGGGCAGAAAAGAAAGUGCUUGAAAGAGUUCGUUUUCAGAAAGGGAAGAAAGAUAAGAAAGGCCCCCUCUUCUUAACAUACCCCAUUUUGCUCAAGAAGCUGGGCUGGAAGAGGGUCAAGGCUUUUCUUUGUUUUCCUGGCAUUGCAUGGUUUCCUCCAGUGGUGGUUCAUUCUCAUUAAUCAUGGUUUUUGAAAAUAGCUAGUCUCAUCUAUCUGCAGCAAAGAAUCAUCCGUAGUUCACACUGCUUCGCCUGCACUGGCUUACGGAGAGGGGAACAGACCAAGGGGUCUCUCAGCAAGCUGCGUUUUUAUUGGGGUGGGGGAUCUAUGCAAACGACUAAAGUCAGACCGUCCGAAAUCAAAGCAGCAGUGACAACAUAGUUCAAAUCAAAGAUCAAGGAGAAAAAAAAUUUUUUUUAUCAUUGCCUAUGGAUAGCCGUCCUUCCCAUCGGUCAUUAUGUUUCUCCCUUCUUAUAUUCCCGCUCCUUCUCCCUGCCACCUGUUGUCAGUCUCUUCCUUUCUGUGAAAGGUUGCUUAGCUUUUUAAGAAAAUUUUUUACUUUCUGCUUUUUGCUUUUGCUGUUCUUUGUAUAAAAAGUAGCAAAUUGGAUGGACGCAUCCAUGAGGUGUUUGAAAUUCUCUGUAAACCCAGAGUCCAGAGACCAGGUGUGGAGAGGGCUGGCUGGCCCGGCAGGAGGCGCUUACCCUGGGUGGCCAGCUCCGUGGUUUUCUCAAAGGAGAGUGUCAGCACUGUGCUGCUUGUGAGCUCCACCAGCCACUGGGUGCUUCUGUAGCCGGCCAGACAAGUUGAUUAUCUUGGAUUUUAAGAGAGCAAUCAAAGUAGACAUACAUCAGGAAGAGCCUCUUUCUCCCACUCCAUCUUUUAGAACCAGAACAUUCAGUAGUUGAAGUAAGAGCGCCCCCUGAGUCAAUUGCAAAAUGUCUGUAGUUUUAGAUGCCACCACUUUUUUCCCCUCAGAUGUUUGUGAAUUUCAUUUUGUAUUUCACAUCAGACCGGUGGUUGAGAUUGGCGAGUGGCUCUUUAGACACGUGUUUUGUUUUGUUGACCUUGUUUCCAUUCCAUUUCUCUGUGUGCUGUGCACCGUCACAAGCUGUGUGACAACGGAAGGCUCUGCCCCACUUCCUGGACGAAGUAACGUGGUGCCCUCUGCUCGUGCCCUGGGACGUUUAUGCCGUGUCCACCUCCUAAGCCGGCUGCUGAGAAAAUCAGCUUCAGCCCUGUCAGGUUGUCUCUGGCAGCCGUUCCUAAUAAUUAUUUAUGCUUUGGAAUUUCUUUCAGCUCCUGGAACUUUGUAUCCAGUUUGAUUUUUCUCAGUGUGUACAACAUAUGCAUAUUCUCUUCUCUUUUGUCAUUCCUCCCCCUCCCCCCAUUUCGUUUUUUAAUGUUCCAUAGUUUUGUACAAGAUGAGACUUAGCCUUGGGUACUUCUUGCUGAAGCUUUAAUGCUUUGUAAAUAAAAGCGGAUGUUUAUUAAAGAA